AUGUUGAAAUUUCUUUUGAACAUCUAUGAAUUCCUCUAUGUUUUAAGUCUGGAAAUUUUUCUUUCAUUCAGAAUUGUUCUAACUAUACUUAAUUUCAGGUUUCGGGAGCGUGAUCAUUGCAAAAUGGCUGCUAAAUGGUGAGGGAAUUUUCUUUAAAAAAAACGACAUAUUUCCUACAAAAACAGUUUUCAGAAAACUUCAACAAGUUCAACAACGACUACGCUCCACAAAAAUCAGGUCAACAUCAAUCAGUAUUCAUCCACGCUAAUCAAAAGGUGAGUCAAUAACCGAAAAAGAAACGGGAUAACAAAAUAUGUCUUGGGAAAUUUGAUCAAGUUUAGCUAUUUUUGAAGAUGAAUAUGAAGUUCUUUCUACUCCGAAAAGCAUGAAAAUUCAUCUCAAUUUUACAGAAUAUGCUCUCCGAUGCUCAGUCGCCUGCACUCGAUGGAAAUCUCGACAUAAACGGCAGGAAAAGCAGCUUCAUGGCGAGGGAAACAAGACAAUCCGCAACAUCUACGAAAUUUUCAACUCCCAAUUUAUAA